AUGAAAUCUAGAAAAUCCCAUGUGGAAGUAACAUUUCAGUCGGCUAAACAACAAAACAUCAAUAAUGAAGACAAUUAUAGUAGUGAUCAUAGUGAUGAAGUUUCACUAACCGGUCUACGAACAGUUGGUUCAUCAUUUCAAGAGGAUAUAGAUUCUGUUAUUUCUAUAUCCAGUCUUGAAGAUGAUAAAGAAGAGAAGAUAGACAAAAAUCAACUCCCAAGAACAACCACAUUGCAUGAAACAUUGAAUUUACAACAAACUGAUUGUGAAAUGACUUUGGCUACUAGUGAGUCUGAGAAUAAUCUACAGGGAUUGUUGUUUACAUCAACAAAAUCUAUCAUGAGUAGUAUUGAAGGCAAUGAGAAUAAUAAAUAUUCUGAACAAAAUUAUAGAAUUCCGAUGAAUUCCCCUGAAGAACAUGAAUUACCCAUCUUAUUACUUCCACAUAUUUCAAUGAUUGGUCAUCAUUUAUUAAAUAGGUUAAGUUUUAUUCAUAUGCAUUUUAUAGAUUGCUUAGAAGACAGUUUAAAAAUAAGGGAUAAAUUGGAACUUCGACGUGAUGUUUUACGUCUUGUUGACAAUAUUGUAUCAAUGGGAAAUUGGAUUGAAGAAAAGGAGAGAAUUUUGUUAACAUUCAAUCCUGUUAUAUAUCCUUCAAUGGAGUUUUUAAAAUCUUUACCAAUACCAUGUCCUAUUACUGUUACGGAAGAAAUUAUUCACGCUAUAUCACAACUCUCUAUACAAGCUUAUCGUUUUAAAACAUUUGAACAUGAACUAAUAAGUCAUGCCAAUUUAAGAUUAAGUGAAAUUGGAAUGCUUCAUGAAGGAUUAUCGGAACAUUUAAAGAAGCUUGACAAAGAAAGGGAUUUUAGUAUUCUUCAAUUUAUUCAGUCUACUAUAAAACUUAAUUUAUCAGUCGAGGAUUAUGUAAAUGACGAUGAAGAUGAUGUUGAUGAUGAUGAUAAUGAUAAUGAAGAGGCACAGGAGGAAGAGGAUAGUAGUGAAUCCAGAGAUAAACCAUAUGAAAUUAGUGUGGAUAAAGAAAGUAUUCAAGAAUUUGUUAAAACAAACCGUGAAAAUAAAAUGUUUUACCUCCGUACAUCGAAAAACUUUAGUGAUGAACAAACUGACGACAACAAUGUUGACGAACCAAAAUAUUCAAAAUUAUUAGAUUAUAUUAACAAGAAAUGGCAACGUUUGAAGCUUUUACUCAAUGCACGUCAUGAACGAUUUGAAUUGGCUGCAUAUUUAUCAAAAUACCAUACUUUAUGUCAAAGUACAAAAGAAUGGAUAAUACGUAAAAGAGAAUUACUCAUCUCAACUGAUGAUUUAGGCACAGAUUUAAAUAGUGUUAUGCAAUUACAAAGAAGAUUAUUAGGUUGGGAAAAAGAUUUUAUUGCAUUACAAGAUGAAAUACAAAGUCUUAAUGUAGACGGUGAAAGAUUAUUGAAAGCCCUAGUAGAGGAAGCUCCACAAAGAAGAGAUUUAUACCUUAUCUCCGGAGAAUUGUAUGCUUCAAAAGAAGUCAAUCAUUUAAGAUUAGAGUUGAAUCAGGAAUGGGAACUUUUACAAGUAGAGUUAAAAAGUCGUCAAGACAAAUUAUUAGCUUCAGCUGAACUGCAACAAUUUUUUCAGAGUUUAGAUGACAAUCAAUUAUGGUUACGUAAUAUUGAAAUUCGUGUAGCAACACAUCAAUUACCAUUAUCUGUAGAAGAAGCCAAAGCUGAAAUUGAUAUACAUAAAGAAUUAGGUGAAGAAAUUUUAGCUCGUAAAGAUGAAUAUAGUGAUUUAAUAAGUUAUGGACGAUGUAUUACAGCUGGUGAAACAGAUGUACAUUACAUACAACUUGAUCAACGUUUAGAUAGAUUAGAAAAUGGUUGGUCAGAAUUAAUGCAAAUGUGGACAUAUGAACAAAAACUUUUACAACAGAAUUUAAACUCCCAGAUGUUUCUACGUGAUGUACAUUUAUUUGAAACUUUGUUGUCAACACAAGAAAGUAAACUAAUAAAUUAUCAACUCAUAAAACAAAAGAAUACAACUGAUAUUGUUGCUUCGUUGAAAUCUCAAAAUGAAAUUGUUCAAUGUUUAAUCAAUGCUAAUGAAUCAUUGAAUAAUUUAUGUGAUACCGGGAAUCAACUCAUUAAAGAUAAAGUAUAUUCAAUGGAGAAAAUACAAAAUAAAAUUGUUUUUAUAAAAAACAGAUAUAUCACACUACUUGAUGAAGCUCGUACACUAGUGGAUUCAACUAAAGAUUUAAUAGCACUUCGAGAGAAUAUGCAACAAAUUCAAACGCUCCAAGAAUGGCUUAUAGAAAAAAAAGAACUUGCUGAAGAAUACGAUCAGGCAGGUAAACUAUCAAAUAUGAGUUCACUGGUACCAUACAAAGUAUUCGUCAGUAAACAAUAUACACAACAUCGCGUACUUGAAAGUGAAAUUCAAUCUAAUAAUGAUCGUAUUGAACAGGUUUUCCAAAAUGUAGUCAAUACCAUUGUACAAUAUCCACGUAUUGCGGACCAAUUGAGUGAAUCACUUGGUGAUUUUAUGAUACUAUGGGAGAAUCUACGUAAAUCAUUACGGGAAAGAGGUGAUUAUAUGGUUGAGUUACAUAGGGCGAUUAUAUUUGAAGAUGGAUACAACGAAUUAAAUCGUUGGUUAGAUAAAUUUUUUAUAGAAUUUUUAUCUUUUAAAUCAUUUGAUCAAUUAAAACAAUUCGAAGAACAUGCUGAACAAGAUCCAUCAAUAAUGAUGGAAAGUUUAAUCGAACAAUUCACAUCAGAAUAUAAUCAGAAUAUGAAAAUGAUUGAAGGAACAACAGAAUCAUCAAGUGACAUUUUGGAAUAUCUUAUAGAAAAUAAGUUUAUGAAUCAAAAUUGGACCAAUAAAGCCAAUAUACCAGGUUGUACUAGUAUGAAUGAGGUAUCUUCUUAUUUGAACAAAAUGACCGAAUGUUUAAUCAAUAUUGAUGUAAAGAAAAAACUUCUAGUGGAACUUUAUGAACAUUCCAAGAUCCUAUCAAAUCUUGAUAACCAAAAUCAGAAUACUGAAGCAGAGUUAAAAAUGAAGAGUUUAAUCAAGAAAUUUUGGAAAAUUCAAAUAUUUGUUUAUGAACAUACUGAAGAACUGAAAGCACAAAAACACAUUUAUCAACUUUAUAGAGAUUUAGAAAAUGAGAGGAUUUGGACUCAUGAAAAACUUCUUUUAGCCGAUAACACUUAUAUUGGUCGUUCCUUAUUUGCUGUAAAUCAGCUAAUCAGGCAACAUCAAUUACUCAUAAAAGAAGUAGCCAAUAGGAGAAAUAGAAUGGAAAUCGCGAUACAAGAUGCAGAUCAUAUUAUAACGAAAUUUCAAUCAACGUUUGAAAUAGUCAUUGAUGAUGAUGAUUGUAAAACGAUUCAACAAUCAAAGAUUAGAUCGUCUGAGAAAACAAUAACCAUUCAAACAGACGAUCAUUCUAUCAUUGAAAUUGAAUUAUCCACUGAUAUAGGUGUAAAAUAUAAAAUCCCUAAGAAAAUUCUAAUUGAUUUGCAUACAUUAGUGAUAGAAUUACGUUAUGAUUUAAAAAAUCUGAUUGAUCGGAUGUCUAAACGUACUGAACGAUUAAAUAUAGGCUUUCAAUGUUUUACACAUCUUGGUGAAUUUGCAGAAUUACGCAGUUGGUUACAAGAGUGUGAAGAUAUGUUACUAUUAGAAUCAAGAGCUAGUCGUGAUAUAAUUACAGCUAAAACUGAACUUAAAAAACAUGCUCAUAUUGAAUUUCGUGUAAAUACGCUGUUAGCAAAUUGUGUUCGUGAUUUCAAUCAGAAAUCAUUGAAACUAAUCAAUGAAUUUUUGGAACGUAAAGAAAAAUACAAAAAUCAACUAGAUUUAAUUAAAACAAAUGAAAAUCUACAAAAAGUUGUUGAGCAAUUGUCUGCAAUGCAAGUUGACCAACGAACUACUCAAAGUCAAUGGUCACAGUCUAUUCUACAUGAUGAGAAUAUGAAUAAAGUAAAACAAAGUUCAUUUGAGAAUUUAAUAAAUCGUCGUAAACUUCGUAGUCAAAUUAAACAAAUACGUAAACGUAUCCAAGUUAUACAGUCUAUUCAACGAAUUAUGGAUCGUCAAUAUGCAAGUCUAUUAGAUGUUUGCGUACAGAAACGUCAACGUUUAGAAGAAAUUCUAUCUUUGAGCAUUGUUUAUGAAGAAGUUUCAGAAUUGAAAAAUUGGUUAAAUCAACAAAUCACUGUAGCUUCUUCAACAUACACUGGUCGAAAUUUGAAUGAAUGUGUAUGUAUUAUCAAUCGCUUUGUGCAUUUUGGUGAAAAUCUUCUAGGUGAAUCUUUUACAUCAUUUCUGGAAGUUGAACUACAUUCAUUUGAUCCUAUUUCAACAGUAUAUACCAUGAACAUAACUGAUCAAUUUGUACAUACAUCUGGUUUAGCUUCUGAACGUACAGCAAGAGUUAUGAAUAUGUGUCGUUGUUUAAUACGUACAAAACAUUCAGAUUCACCACGUAUUGCAUUUUGGCAAGAUAUUAUUUCAGAAACAUGGGCUGAUCUACGUGAAUUAAUUUAUUCACGAGUUAAAUUAUUAAUUUCAGCUGCUCAUCGAUUUAUUUUUAUAAUUCGUUGCUAUGAAACUUUGAAACUUGUUCAAGAAAAAUCUGAUCAAUUGUCUCAAUCCAUUGGUAAAGACGUACAAGCCAUUUGUAAACAACUUUCAUUGUUAUCUGCAUUUGAACAAGAUGUCCAAGCUCUUGAACCACUAAUUAAUUGGGUAGAAAAAGCAGCGGAUUACCUUCUUCCUCUUUAUUCUGGUAAUUGGACUAAACGUUUAAAAAAACCACGUGAUAUUCUUCUCUCUGUCUGGUAUCAACUUAAAGAUAGAACUCAUCUUCGUCGUAUCAGAUUAAAACGUUCUAUUGCAUUAUAUCGUUGGAUAUCCAAUUUAGAUGCUUUUUUCAACUGGACCCAACAAUGUCAAAAAGAAUUAGAACGUAUUGAAAUGGAUAUAUGGAAUAUGAAUCCACCACAAUCUACUGUAAUCAAGAAAUCGAAUCACAU